UCUUUAAAGACGCAGCGAAGUGGUUUUUCAUAGAAUAUCUCUCGAGCAACGGACCUCGAAGGAGGAGGAGAGUAGGGCGUCUGGGACGAGAGGUCUUCGUGAGAGGACGGCACUUUCUUGAAAGGGACCGGGGCAAGGAGGUUGACCAAGGGUGGCAAGAUGCUAGUGUUUCUUCUGUCACCUAUCCAAUGGUUCCCUCCACCACUUCUGUUCUGGAAAGAGAGGGAGGGUGACUCCCAUGUAGUUCCGUUCAUCUGGCCAGGACGAGCACUGGUUAUCGGGAGGCUAGCGGUGGCCGCCGGUUGAUGCUCGAGGCGGCACUUACAUAACCGCGGACUGGUCAACCCCUUUCUCUACUCCCUCUCGCCUCGAGGCCUGGUAGGGUGACCGAAGGGCGAGGAGGGCGAUCGCAACUCAUCCUCGGUAUAAAAAGAUGGUUCGCCCAUAACGGCGUGGCCGUCUCGCUGCAUCGAAAGGGGGGCGCAACCAUGAGAAUCCUUGUGGCCACCGUGUUUCUGGGCCUCGCGUCAUACGCGCUGGCCGAUGGUCUCCACCACCUUGACAUUGCCAAGGUUGGCAACGUGGGCUACGUGGCCCGGGGUCCCGGAGCCCUUGAGUACCACCAAGGUGGAGGCGUGAUCCCGGCCGGCUUUCCUACCGUGGAUCGCGGACAUUCCGGCACUACUGUCCACGGACCACCCAUCACCGACACCCAUGGCGUCUCGGUAUCGCAGCCUGCUGUGACUGUCACCCAGCAGCGAGUCGUGCAGCCUGCCAUCACUGUGACCCAGCAGCGGCCCGCAAUCACCGUGACUCAGCAGCGAGUGGUGCAGCCUGCAGUCACCGUGACUCAGCAGCGGCCCGCAAUCACCGUGACUCAGCAGCGAGUCGUGCAGCCUGCCGUCACCGUGACUCAGCAGCAGCCGGCCGUCACUUUCACUCAGCAGCGGGUGGUGCAGCCGGCCGUCACAGUGACACAGCCUGGGUACGCCAUCACUCAGCACCGCGUCCUUCAGCCCGCUGUCACGGUGACCCAGCAGCAGCCGGCUGUCACGGUGACUCAGACCCAGCAGCGCGUCGUUCAACCGGCCACCGUCGUCAGCCCCGUGCCCGGCAUCGCUGUCACGCAGCACCGCGUCGUGCAGCCCGGAGGUGUAGCCGUCAGCCACAUUCCGGGAUCUGUGUACACCACUCAGGGCGCCUACGGACUCGGAGGUACUUAUGGUAUCACACUUGUCAGGCCGGACGGUAAUUACGGCUUCGGUUACGGAAUUGGCGGCGCUCAUUAUGGCGCAGGCCUGCUGGUCCACCAGCCAGGUCAAGCCGUGACCACGGUGCACCCGGGAGCCGCAUACGGCUAUGGUGCUGUGGCUUACCGUCCGGGACAAGCUAUCACCACGGUGAGGCCUGGAGCGGCCUACGGCUACGGAGCCGUCUCCUACCAGCCGGGGUCCACGGUUACUACUUACAGGCCCGGAACAGCCUACAAUAUCAACGCGGUCACCUACCAGCCAGGAUCUGCGGUCACUACCGUGAAGCCAGGAUCUGCUUACGGCGUCGGUACGCUCACCUACCAGCCGGGCUCUGCAGUCACCACCGUUCGGCCAGGAGCCGUGGGUUACGGCGCGACCACCGUCACCCAGCCGGGCGCCACUGUCGUGCAGCAUACUCCAGGUUACAUCUAUGGCCUCGGCUACGGCACUCGUACCAUCGGUGUGCCUGAAAUUCAUUACCACACUAGGCCCGUCAACUUCGGCUACGGAUAUGGCUUGGGCGGCACCCGCUAUGGCUCACUAUACCAUCCUGGUGCCGUCGUGCACGGCGAAGGCUUCGGCCUUCUGCACACCCCAGGUUCCGCUGUCGUCCACCAUGUUCCUGGUGUCGCUGUGGGCACACCCGGUGCGGCUGUAACAACCUACAGGACCGCCACCUUGACUGCUCCAGGCGGCGCUGUUGUCCACCAAGUUCCGGGUGUCACGACAUACAGGACUGCCACCGUGACUUCUCCUGGCGGCGCAGUUGUCCAGCAGGUGCCGGGCGUCACCACAUACAGAACCGCUACCGUGACUUCUCCUGGCGGUGCUGUUGUCCAGCAGGUGCCUGGCGUCACCACGUACAGGACCACUACGGUCAACGCGCCUGGAGGUGCUGUUGUCCAGCAGGUGCCAGGCGUCACUACCUACAGGACCACUACGGUCAACGCGCCUGGAGGUGCUGUUGUCCAGCAGCCCGGGUUCGCCGUCACUGGUGUCAAGACAUACACCGUCCCUGGCUCGGCCGUUGUCCAGCAGAUUCCAGGCGUUACCACUUACAAGACCGCUACAGUUAGCGCUCCAGGUUCUGCUGUUGUCCAACAGCCUGGUUUCGCUAUUACCGGCGUCAGAACGGUCACCACUCCCGGAUCUGCUUAUGUGCAGCAAGUUCCCGGCUCUGUCACCACUUACAGGACAGCCAGUAUUUCCGCUCCCGCAGCCACCGUCGUUCAGCGUCCAGGCGCUGUCACCACGUACAGGACUGCCACCGUCAGCGCCCCAAGUUCCACCGUCGUUCAGCAGCCCGGUAUCACCACCUAUCGGACCACAGCCUUGCAGCAGCCAGACAUUCACGUGCUUCACCAGCCAGCUGUGGCCACUGGGACCCUUGUUGCCCCUAUCAGCACGGGCGCCGUCACCACUUACAAGAGUGCCGCCCUCGGUGCUCAAGACGCUGCUCUUUUCCAGCAGCCGGCUGUGUCCGUUGUCCACCAUCCAGGAGCUGCCACUGGUGCCCUCUUGACCCCGGUCACCGGAGCUGCGGUUACCACCUACAGGACCGGUACCGUGACUACUCCCGGACACGCCGUUGUCCACCAGAUUCCAGGAGCCGUCGUGCACUCCCCUGGUGUUGCUACAACUGUGGUUGGCCAUCCAGCCGGGGCCUACUCUGUGGCUCCAGGUGCGGUAGCGUACCACGGUGCCGCCGCCGCCGUUCCAGGAGCGGCCGCUGUGCUGCACCACGUGCCCACGGCCGCCGAGCUGAGGCAGCUCAUCACCUACGGCUACGGCUACGGCCUCGGAGGCGUGCGCUACAGCCACGCCACUCCGGCCGCCGUGGUGGCCGCUCCGGGUGCCACCACCGUGGUGCACGAGGCGGCGCCCGCUGUCGUGACGUCGCACGCGAUUCCGGCCGCCGUACAGCACUACGCGCAGCGCUACAUCUCGUACGGCCCGACAACCAGCCUCAAGUACACCGUGGACCCGAGCGUCCAGCCCCUCCAGACGCUCAAGAAGAAAUAGACGGCACCCAGGACCAGGAACCACGCCCCAACCGCAGCCCCGCUAACACACACGGAUUUCCACGUCGUGAAAUCCACAAAUCCCUGGCGCGCAAUCUUCUAUUUAUUCCAGCGUUCUUUUCUUCACUUGUCUUCCUCGCUGACGUCACGAGGCGAGACCCUGGGCAGCCGGGACACAAAGAGGACGGUGUCCCAUCUUCCCCUCCCCAGUCAACUUCGGGACUGCGCCCCACCGAAAGGCGAGAGACCAAUCACGCGAAUAAAAAAAAGACCAAACAAAACAAAAGAAAAAGAAAACGAAAGAAACCGAAAGAGACGUUCUGCUAUCCGCGCGAAUCUUUGCGUUGGCCCGAGGCGGAAGAGAGCAUCUCCCAGGAGGCCCGCUUUACGUCGUCAGACCUUGGCCUGUUGGCAUGUAUAAGCGAGGUCGCACCUCUCUGUGUAUAUAUCGUUUAGAGAUUUUGUAUCGAGCCCACGGAGUUGCGAAUCGUGUGAAUGGUGGAAAAUUAUAACCUCUUUAAAGCUUCCAGAAAGGGAGGGGGGGGGGGCAUGCAGACACGUGCCUGUGCACCACGCAUGGUAAGGGUGAGUUCCAUGUACAUAUUUUUUAAACAUCAAUGCAGUGCUAUCGGAGACGCAGAAUGCUACCUGAAGCAAGGGUCUUGAAGUUAAACAUUUCGCAAUACCAGUGGGUCUUUUCGUUGGAGGCCUCUAUUAAAGAAAACAAUUAUCAAA